AUGAGAACCCCUUUUUCCUUCUCUUCCCUCAUUCUCCUCCUUGCAAUAAUUUCUUCAACCCAUGCGAAAAAUCACAAAAAUGCACCAAAAAAGGACCUCGUCCGUACAUCAUGUGCCAAUGCUAGCUACCCCGCGAUAUGCCUCGAAACCCUCUCUUCCUACUCCGGCGUCGCAACCACCUUGCGCGAUCUCGCCAAGGCGGGAGUGAAAGUCACCCUCUCUCGAUCGAAGGCAGCGUCAAAUUUCUUGGCCCAGCUUAAGAGCCAAAGCAAGAGGGAGCAAGGUGCCGUACGCAACUGCUUAGAGCUAAUGGGGAACUCACUGGACGAGCUGAGCGAAACCCUCUCGGAGCUGCAGCAACUCCGGAGCGGCGAUUUCCGGUGGCACAUGAGCAACGUGGAGAUAUGGGUUAGUGCUGCCUUGACUAACGAGAAUACUUGCCUUGAUGGGUUCAAAGAGGUUGGAGGAUAUAUUAAUAAGUCUGAUGUGAAAAGAGAGAUUAGGAAUGUUGCUAGGGUUACUAGCAAUGCACUUUACCUUAUCCAUCUUCUCGACCAGUCUCAUGGAAAAAGAACUGAUAUCAUUAAAGAAAAAUGUAAGCGUCACUUCGGUAGUGUUCUUGGAUUCUUUUGCCUUGUCGAUGGUUGUAGUACCUAUUUAUAA